AUGGAUAAUCUCAUCAAAUUCUUAGAGAACAACUUGUAUGACCCUAACCAGGGCGUAGCAAGUAAUGCGGAGCCUAUGUCCCUAUUGGGUAUGGUUUCCACUCUGGUACCGGUUCUUGUCACUUCGAUAAUCUAUAUCAUUAUAUUCCUCGUCCUCCGUACUUCGAAUCGGCGUUUCUACGCGCCUCGAACAUGCACAGGCACUUUGCGGGAGUACGAACGCAGUCCCGUGCUGCCCAAUGGAUUCUUCUGUUGGAUAGGGGCUUUUUGGAAAGUACCGGAUGCCUAUGCCCUUCGGCUUCUCCUUCCACUCAAUGCCACAGGCGGCAAUGGGAAGAAGCAACUUGAGAUCCUUUCCUACAGCAAUAUUAAUAUUGAAGACUCAGCCAAGAGGAACAGAUUGUAUGCACAUUGCUUUGUGGCCUGGGUCGUGUAUACAUUCGUGAUGUACGCCAUUAUGCGCGAAUUCUUUUUCUACGUAAACCUGCGGCAAGCCUUUCUGCUGACCACACAGUAUGCUAAGCGCAUCUCGUCCCGCACUGUCUUGUUUACUUCAGUGCCCAAGGAGUGUCUCGAUGAGGACCGCAUCCGUAGCCUCUUCAGCGGCUCGGCCAAGAAGAUUUGGAUCGCUGGCGACACUAAGCAGCUAGAUAGGACUAUCCAAGAGCGUGACAACGUGGUUAUGAAGCUUGAGAAAGCAGAAAUCGAGUGGAUCAGACUAUGUAACAAGGAGCGCAUCAACACAUCCGAUCCUGAAUCUGGGAACCUCGUUACCGGCCGUAGUCGCGAGGACAAGCGACCUACCCACCGCGAAGGCCCUUUAGGGCUUAUCGGCGAGAAAGUCGACACCAUCCAAUGGGGCCGAAAAAAGCUCGAGGACCUCAUCCCCGAAGCCCAGAACGCUCAGAAUAACUGGCUCACUGGUGAUUAUGAGAAACACACUGCUUUUUUCGUCGAAUUCUCUACUCAAUACGAUGCGCAGGUUGCUUUUCAAGCCGCCACACACCACCGCGCCCUUCAAAUCCUUAACUAUUCAUGGUGGCAGGUUGCAAUACGUCGAUAUGUCAUCUACACUGCCAUUGCUGGUCUUGUCGUAUUUUGGGCUCUUCCUGUGACUAUUGUUGGUAUCAUUGCGCAAGUAAAUACCAUCAAGUCGCUGCCAGGCCUAACCUGGAUACAGAAUAUUCCACAGGUUAUCCUUGGCGCUGUUUCUGGCUUGUUACCUUCCAUCGCGCUAUCUAUUCUGAUGUCGUCAGUGCCAGUGUUCAUACGUACCUGUGCCAGGUGGUCUGGCUGUGUUUCAACAUCACAAGCUGAGCUCUUCACCCAGAAGGCGUACUUCAUUUUUCAAGUCCUCCAAGUAUUCCUGGUCCAGACGCUUUCUAACAGUUUCAUUUCAUCUCUUGUGACAAUCCUUCGGAAUCCCAACAACGUCUUUGGCAUGCUUUCAUCUUCAAUCCCUACCGCUUCCAACUUUUACAUUUCGUUUUUCAUUGUUCAAGGCAUUGUUUACUCUGUUAUUGCCCCCUUUCUUCUAUUGUGGUCGACUAUCAGCAUGGGUUUGUUCUAUCUCGCUUACCGUUACAAUUUACUGUAUGUUGCAGACACCGAUGUCGACACCGAUGGUUUGAUCUAUCCUCAGGCUCUGAAGCAGCUUUUAUUUGGUGUUUACGUAGCCGAGAUGUGCCUCGUUGGAAUGUUCAUCGUUUCCAAAGCCGCGGGACCUGCUUUUCUGAUGAUUAUCUUUCUUUCUCUUACCAUCCUUUGCCACGUCUCCCUCGUCAAGGCUCUCGACCCUCUCCUUUACAAUCUUCCUCUUUCUCAGAAGCCAGAUGAUGGACAAGUACAGAAUGGCGCCAGGGCCAUGUCCAGAGGUGCGAGCAAGAGGAAAACGGCCCGCAAACUCGUGCCUACCGCUACUGGCCGGGACCGCAAUAAGGCUAACUUCUCAGACCCCUUCCUGUGGAUUCCUGGGGACUAUUCAGGCAUCUCAAACAACGAGGUGGUUGACACCGGGAAGAUUGCCCCUAUUCGACAAGGGUGUCAUCUCAACAGGAGGAACGGUAUACAGUGGGAAACCGAUAGUCCAAGGCCUCCUGACUGGCGCGAGAAGGUUAUGUAUCAAGAAGAAGAGUGA